GUUAAUUAAUUAAUUAAUUAAUUAAUAAAACGUAAAUUUAUUUAUAUAUUAUAGAUAUAUAUAUACAUAGAAAUAAAUAUUUAAUUGUUGGAGCAGAAGAGGAUUUACGUUUAAAGUUGAAGAUUAUUGUUAUAAAUAAUAAAUAAUUAACAAUGACUGUAGCAACAGAAGCUGAAAAUAAUACGGCAGUAGGUGAGAAGGAAAAUAAAGAAGUUAAAGACAUGAAAGCAGCAUUGAAUGAAGAGACGCCACCAGAUAAUAAGCAGCAGCAAGGCGAUGAUGAAAAGCCCACUGAAAAAAUGGAAAACGAGAAGAAGGAAGAAACCCCAGCCACGGAUGAAAACGCCAUGAAAUCUGCGACCGUCCACAAAACCAAUUACGAUAAGGACACCGUUUAUCUUUAUCAGUUUUCUCGUACUCCGGUAAUACCAUCCAUCUCGCCCUACUGUCUCAAAGUCGAAACAUGGUUGCGGCUCAAUGAUGUUAAAUACGAGAAUGUCGAUCAUAAAAUGAAAUUCCGUUCGAAGAAAGGCCAGCUGCCAUUUAUUGAAUUGGAUGGGACAGAGAUUCCAGAUAGCACGAUUAUUAUUCGCGAAUUGAGCCAAAAAUUCCACAAAGACCUGGAUGCCAAUCUUACUAAUGAACAGCGUAUAAUAUCUCACGCAAUGAUCUCAAUGAUUGAAAAUCAUCUGGUGUGGGUGGUUACCUCGUGGCGUGCCAAGAACACCGACGCGACUCUUAAAGGAUAUCGUGUUAAUUUACAAAAUGCUUUGGGUUCACGUUUGCCCAAUGGAAUUCUCGCUCUCUUCUUCAAGAUUGGCUAUUCACGAAAGUGCGCAAAGAAAGUGAAAGCUCAGGGAUUGGGAGUCCAUACUAAUGAAGAAAUAACUCAAUUUGGUUGUGAUGAUCUUAAAGCUCUCUCUGAGUUGCUUGCCGAUAAACCAUUUUUCUUUGGCGACGAGCCUACUACUCUGGAUGUUGUAGCAUUCGCUCAUCUUGCACAAAUCUUAUACAUUGAAAAGUCUGUUCCUUACGCAUUGAGAGACUUUAUGCAAGACAACUGCCCGAAUUUAGUUGGACACUGUUCACGUAUGAAGGAACGAUGCUUCCCAGACUGGGAUGAAAUUUGUAAUACACUGGAUCUGAAUACUCAUUUGCCAAAACCACCCAAGGAGGAAACCAAGGAGAGCAAGGAGGAGAAGAAAGAGUCCAAGGACUCCAAAGAAGGUAAGGAGAGUGAUGAAGAAAAAGUUGAGAAAGAAAAGGAAGCUGAGAAAGAUAAGGAAGUUGAGAACAAGGAAAAAGAAGAGAGAGUAGAAGAAAAAUAAAUGGUUUAUUAAUUUAUGUAUUAAACCAAUAAAUUACAUAAAAAUUUUAAUUGAUAACUGUAAGCGGUGGUAAGACGAGUCAAAGAAAUUGAUAUAAUGCGACGCUGAAUAUAGGAAAAUUAUAUGUAUAAGAAAGCAGGAUUAUGAAGGAAUAUAAUUUCUGCUUGUAUCCUUUUUUUUUAUAUAUAAAUAUAUAUUAUAUAUUAUAUAUAAAAAAUUAUAUAUAGUAUUGAUAUCGUUUUAUAUUAAAUUUUUUACUUUACUUUUUAUUUUACGAGAAAGCGUUUAAAUUCUCUUCACUUUACAUGAUUUUAUUGUAGUAAUGUUUGGAUAUUGAUAGAUCAAUCGUGUUCAAACACGCAAUAUAAGAACUGCAAUAGAUUUGCCAUACGUUUGGAAUAUAUAUAUAUUUUUUUUUUUUUUAUUUUAAAUGAUUAUUUAGGUUUUAAGUUUUAUUUUUUUAAUUAAGCUUAAUAUUAAUGUACACAAUUCAUAUCUGAUAAAUAUUACGUUACAAUUUGAUUAUUUUGAUACAAUCAUUUUUAAAAUAAUUAUCAUGACAUAUAUUGAUUUUAAUGAUGAAUUAAUAAUAAUAAUACUAAUAAUAAUGAAAUGAAAACUCGUAAAUUAGGGUUGUUAUGGAGUAAAGAUAAAGAAUGAAAAGAAAAAAAAUGAUGAAAAAGUAAAAAUAAAUUAAUAGUUAUUAGUUAGAGCUCUCUUUGACCAAUAAUCAGUCAUGCGCUGAUGGUGGAAAUAAAAAAUAAAAUGAAAUAAACGGAAAUGAAA